CUCUGAAGAGAUGAAGAAGAUGGGAAUCACGUUGACUUUAAUUUCCAACUCUUUCUUCCCCGGUUCUGCGUGUUUUCUAUUAAAUCUAAAUCCUCGGAAUCUCUGAGGUUUUCUUGAUGAUUCCAUUAUUUUGUAUUCUGUAACAUAAUUGUCCAACACAUCCUCUGACUCAAUGGGGACCCCGGAGUUUCCAGAUCUGGGGAAACACUGCUCCGUUGAUUAUUGCAAGCAGAUCGAUUUCUUGCCAUUCACAUGCGAUCGCUGCAUCCAGGUGUUUUGUUUGGAUCAUCGUAGCUACAUGAAACACUCUUGUCCGAAAGGAAACAGAGGAGAUGUUACGGUCGUUAUCUGUCCGUUAUGUGCUAAAGGAGUUCGGUUAAACCCUGACGAAGAUCCAAACAUCACUUGGGAGAAACACGUGAACACAGAUUGUGAUCCAUCAAACUACGAGAAAACUGUCAAGAAGAAGAAAUGUCCUGUCCCAAGGUGCAGAGAAUUGCUAACCUUCUCCAACACUAUAAAAUGCCGAGAUUGCGGCAUCGAACACUGUUUGAAACAUCGGUUUGGGCCUGACCAUAGUUGCUCUGGAUCUAAGAAGCUUGAUUCUAGUUUCUCAUUCAUGGGUUUCUUGAGUACAACAAACACAAAAGAAGCUCCCGCUUCAUCUUCAAGAUGGUCUAGUCUUUUAGCUUCGGCUGAAGCUAGUAUCAGAGAACUCGGUAACGAUAUUAGCCAGAAGUUACAGUUUUCGAGUGGCGGCGAUGGCAGUCUAGGGAAAACGCAGGAGAGGAAUGGUAAAGUUACGGUUGAUGUUUGUCCGAAAUGCAGCAAAGGGUUUCGGGAACCGGGGGAACUAUUGAAGCAUAUUGAUAAGGAUCAUCGUGGUACUUCUAUAGCUUAGAGAAGCAUGGAAGUGAUCUGAUUAAAUAUUUGUGUGAUUGAAACAUUUUUGCUGUUGUGUUGUUGUAACAUUCUUUGAGAUCGGCUUUCGUUUGGUC